AUCAGAUGCUUAUUGAAAAUCGUGGAUACCGUUAGUCGUGUUGGAUAGCGAAAGUUAUCUAUUAUAAGCAAUUUAUACACUGAUCAAAUAUUUGUAGUACACUUCAACACUUGGACAACGAAGAAACCACUACAUAAUGCAACUGAAAAUUUGGUUUGGAGUCUGCAUGUUGACUUGUUUGGUCAGCUGUCAACAGUAUCAACAAAAUGGUCCAGCAACAACUCCUAUUCCUAUCGUAAGAUAUGAAAAUAAUGGAGUAAAUUUCGAUGGAUCAUAUAGAUGGUUGUACGAAACCGGUAAUGGUAUUCAAGCCGAAGAAAGUGGAAAUGUUCAACCAGCACAAGAUCCUAGCCAAUCUGCUUUAAACGUUCAAGGAGGUUACUCAUAUACUGCCCCAGAUGGUACACCAAUUAGUGUGAAGUACGUUGCUGGUCCACAAGGAUUCGUACCUGUCGGCGACCACUUGCCAACUCCCCCACCUUUACCACCCGCAAUCGCCAAAUUGCUCGAGUUUCUCGCCACACAGCCAUCUACACCAGAACCAGCUUACAAUUAGAGGAAUACAAUUCAUCUACUUUAAGGUUUUAUUUAUACCCUUGUCUCCUUUACAGUUAUAAUUCAAACUUUCAUAUGUUUUAUUAAACCUUAUACUUGUAAAUUUAUACUACCAUCGUUAAUAAAUAUGUAUUUAUUUUUAUA